GCUUCUGCAGGCGAAGUUCUGAACUUCUUCCGAGGCCAGAGAGAGCAACAGCUCGUCCUGUCUUUGACGCUGGUUAUUUGGUCCGAGGUCAUUGCAGGUCAAAUCGCCAUGCGGCGAUGGAAUGAGCAGAGGGAAGUGAAGCUGAAGCUUGAGAACAACCUGAAAGAGUUGCACGACAAGACCUGGCACCUAAAGAUCGACACGAAGAAGGGCAAGGCCGA